AUGGUACUACGAAGACAGAAGACAUUCUCCUCCGAGACACGGGGAUUCGGGAGCAGCGCCCCUAGUGGGGGAGGUAUGGGGGCAACGCCCCUUGAGACGCCACGUAAACAAUUACAAGUAUUUAACCUGAAAAGUAACAUAAACCUUUCAAACGGCGCCGUUCUUUCCCCAAGCCCUCAAACUCAUUUUCACGUUUUCAACCUCUCCUUCGCAAAUAGCUUCCACGCUUUCUUGAGAGUUCAUACUAGCGUCGUCAAUUCGAAUUGCUGUAGUGAGAUAACACGGGACACAACCCGCUUUGUCCAUCAUCAUCACACCCCCGACGAAGCCCAGUGUUGGGUAUCGAGAUCUUACGCAAAGGGGAUUGAAAUAUGCUCUGGGUUAGUGAAAGCAAAUGGUCUUCAAAAGCACCAAAGGCAUUUUCUAUGGCUGAAUUGGAUGCAAGAAAGCUUAAAUACCCAACCACUGGGACGGAGGCUCAUCUUCUGGGGUUCCUCUUUGAGGGACAGGGUGUCAGUGAUGACCCUGGAGGGGCUGGAGAGGCCAUUGGUGGUGAUGACUGAUGAGUAGUCCUAAAAGCAGAGCUUUAGCCGAUAUGAAGAGCCUUGGGCAGGACACUUUUCACAUGAAAGCAACGUAGGAUAAUAAUGGAAGAAAUCUCCUCUAAUGACCAGUAGAGUGGAAUGCCAGUAGUACCAGUCCUACCUGCUUUAUUAGGACAAGUGAUAAGUGCUAGCUCUGUUUUGAACAACUGAAGGAAGGAUCUUAAGUAAACAUUCAGGACAGUGAGAAGUACAAUGCCAUUAGCAAAGGGGAGAGGGGUCACCAGUUUUUAUCUCUCUCUCUCUCUCUCUCUCUCUUAAUGUGCCUCCACUCCUGAGCCAUUCUCUCUGGUCUCUACUGUAAUGGCCUGAAAAAUAUAUAUAUGAUUAAUACAUAAUAAUAAUAAUAAUAAUAAUGAUCAUUAAGUAAAUAUUAAUACAAUGAUUUUU